AUGGCCAUCGAACCAGAAACAAGAAAUUUCCAACCUGCAACCAGCAAGGACUAUUCUGUCCGUGCAGGGGCUCACAUAGCACUUGAGGCUCUGGGCGCAGCCUGCCACUCAGAGCUACCAGCUGCUUUCAAGCUUCAUCUUGAUCAUGUCAACUUCACUGCGCUCGUUGCAGGUACGGACAAUGUCUGCUUUCCUUGCCCAUUAAAGGAGCAAGACCUAGGCGCUGCUCUUAAAGCUCUCGAAGGCUGCGUCGUGGCCAUGAUUUCUGAUUUGCAAAACGGGCAUCAGGAUAGAGCCAUCAAUGUUGACGUUGGCAAGGUCACUGGACUUUUGAUGUCUGCAUACUUGACAACCUUGGAUGGCAUGGGAAAGAGCCAUUCCAAGAUGAAGUACCGACUUCCUGAUACCGACCUGAACCAAGCCCAGUCAAUUAUUUACAGACGUUUGUCUGCCAAUCUCUACGAGACUUGCAUUCCGGGAGAGUAUUACCACAUCCACGGAUCGCUUGAGGCGAGCACCACCCUUGCCAUGCUGGGUUUGCCUCCCUUCAUGCCUGAUAUGACAGACUACCAUGAAUGUGUCCGCACGAUUGAGACAGCCGUCAAGAGAUUGACAGUUUCUGAGCUGGAGGAACUCAACCAAUUCUAUAGACAGGCAGGCGUGCCUGUAUUAACCAAGGACCAGUUCCUAGCAACGUCUCAUGGACAAGCUCUUGCAAGCAUUCCUCCGUUUACAGUCAGGCCACUGGGAGAAGUCACUCCACCUCAAGCCUUCAUGCAGCCAGACGCUGAGACUGACUCGAAGCAAUGCCUGAAGGGAGUGCGAGUCCUCGAGCUUUGUCGCAUCAUUGCAGGACCGGCCAUUGGCCGCUCCCUAGCGGCUCAUGGCGCUUCAGUCCUGAAAGUCACGUCGCCUCAGCUCCCCGAUGUGCCUUUCUUUCAAUUGGACGUGAAUACUGGCAAGCACACUACCUCUCUUCACCUCAAGACUGAGAGCGACCGUACCAAGUUUGAGGAUCUUUUGGCUUCAGCAGACGUCAUCAUUGACGGAUACCGUCCCGGAGUACUGGCUUCUUUGGGGUAUAGCCCGGAAACUCUUGCUGCCAAAGCAGCCGCUCGUGGACGCGGAAUCGUCUACGUCGCGGAGGACUGCUUUGGUGGCACCGGCAUCGACGGCGCGGAAUGGGCCUCUCGAGCUGGCUGGCAGCAAAUUGCUGACUGUGUCACUGGAGUAGCCUGGGAGCAGGGAUGGUUCAUGGGACUUGAUGAGCCCGUGGUUCCGCCCUUUCCAAUCUCCGACUACGGUACUGGGAUCUUGGGGACUGUCGCAGCAUUGUCUGGUCUCUAUCGUCGAGCCACUCAAGGUGGUUCGUGGAUCUGCCGCACCAGCAUAUCGCAGUAUGACCUCUUCUUGCUGUCUUUGGGCACUCAUUCUCUCGAGACGCAGCAGCAGCUAUGGCAAAGCCACGACCGCGCCUUUUUUGACUUGAGACACAGCGACAGCGUCGAUGAGGUCAGCGGACGAGCUCUCAAGAGCAUGAAGAGACUUUACCCGGCUCUCUUCUCUGAUGAGAUGAUGCAGAGUGCAAUGAGCCUCGGGUUUGCCGGGCGCAUCCGCUGGCCGAAAGAGGCACUGAGUGUGAGUGGCCUCGAGAUUGGACAUGCAAGAGUUGCACGACCCAAUGGCCAUGAUGCUCCUACCUGGGAGGGCUGGGAGCAGGAUGAUAUUGGAGCUGAUGCAUGA